ACCUACGAGGUCGCGCCCGUGUUCACGCUCGUGGAGCGCGCGGUGAUCAAGCGCGUCGGGGAGCUCGUGGGCUGGGAGGGCGCGUGCGACGGUCUCACGACGCCGGGAGGGUCCGCGUCGAAUCUCUACGGCAUGCACAUGGCGGCCCACGCGGCGGACCCGGGCCGCCGCACGCGCGGCGCCGCCGGCGGGCGCGCGCUCUGCGCUUUUGUUUCGGCGGACGCGCACUACUCGUAUUUGAAGGCGUCGCGGAUCAUGGGGUUGGGCGACGACAACCUCGUCUCCGUGCCCGUGGACGCGGGCGGCCGCGUGCGCGGCCCGGCUUUGAAAAAGGCCAUGGACGACGCGCGGGCCGCGGGCAAGACGCCCUUCUUCGUCGGCAGCACCGCGGGCACGACCGUCCGCGGCGCGUUCGACGACCUCGAGGAGGUCCAGGCCGUCGUCGACGAGUGCGACGAGCCCGUGUGGCACCACGUCGACGGGUCCUGGGGCGGCGCGGCGCUCUGGAGCCCGGCGCUGAAGGCGACGUGGCUCGCGGGCGUCGAGAAGGCCGACUCCAUGGCCGUGAACCCGCACAAGCUCAUGAACGCGGCGAUCUCGUGCGCGGUCUUUGUG